AUGGCUCGAGCACCUGGCGGCGCCCGGCGGCGGGGCGGAGGCAGCGGCAGGAGGGACGCGGCGGCGGGCGGGGGCGAGGCGGUGCGGAAGGGGCACUGGACGGCGGAGGAGGACGCGGUGCUGCUGGAGCACGUGCGCGUGCACGGGCCCCGGGACUGGAGCUCCAUUCGAUCCAAAGGCUUCCUACCGCGCACCGGCAAGUCCUGCCGCCUCCGCUGGGUGAACAAGCUCAGGCCAGACCUCAAGACUGGCUGCAAGUUCUCUGCAGAGGAGGAGCGGGUGGUGCUGGAGCUGCAGGCGCAGUUCGGGAACAAGUGGGCGAGGAUCUCCACCUACUUGGCGGGCAGGACGGACAACGACGUCAAGAACUUCUGGAGCACCCGCCAGAAGCGGUUCGCCAGGCUGCUGGGAACGCCUCUCCGCGGCCGGUCCAGCAGGAGCAGGAGCGCCAGGGCGCAGGCGCCUGUUGCCUCCUCUCUGGAGUCGCGACCCGCCACCGUGGUUCCCUGCCUGGAUCAAGUUCCAUUGGAGGGCAGCUCCUCUGGUGUUCACCCAUGCAGAGCAGCAAUACCAUUCAUGGACGCGCAGAAAGUUCCAUUGGAGGGCAGCUCCUCCGGUGUCCACCCAUGCAGCGCAGCAACACCAUUCAUGGACGCGCAGAGUGCUGCACUAGCCCCGUACGAUUGGGCAGGCUCCGGGUUUGUCAGUUUCGACGGAGCACUGCCGCUGGCCUCCGACAGCCACGCGUGCUCGUCGUCAAACGCUGCCGCACUGCCACCACUGCUGCCGUUGGACCAGCCUCCGUGCCCUCUGCUCGACUUCCCAGGGCUACCGGCGGCGGGCUGGAACAUGGCUCCUGGGUUCGCCAAUGCCGGCGCUAUGGACCAUCUCGCCUUCCAGGAGCUGCUGCCGGUGACGCAACCCGCUCCAAAGAUGCUCCCGUUCUUCGGCACAGAGUGCCCGCACGGCGGCGUCAAGUCCGAGCUUCCGGACGCGGCGCCCGACAACUUCUUCGACGACCUGCCGCCGGACAUGUUCGACUCCCUUGAUCAACCGCCCCCGCCACUGUCACCGCCUGCGACGAGCUCUGGAUUUUGA